AUGGUUGUCGUCCACAAUCUGUCCGCCGGUCCCGGGAAGCUUGACGAGGAUGCUGUCCGUCGCGCGCAUGAGUCCUGGUUUAGCUACAACAAUCUCGGUAUGGCCUUCAUGGAGCUGUCGCACCGCGACGAAGGAGGAGCGGUACAGAGCUUGAUGGUGGACAUCCAGCGGAAGAUCCGGGAUCAGCUUCAAGUGCCAGGUAACUACCACAUUGUUCUGAUGCCAGGAGGCGGACACGCGCAAUUCACAGCGGUGGCGCUCAAUCUCUGCGUCCGAAGCCGGAAAGGAAAACCGACCUCGCCUCCUCAAUACGUGGAUACCGGGUUUUGGAGUCGUCGGGCGGCAGUCGCGGGUGAAGCAUACUCGCGGCGCUUUUAUCCAGAGUGGUUUCAAGAGCAAACAGGCGUUGAAGAGACCUCUACCGGCUGUUGUACUACCUCCACCUCAUAUAUAGGAAGCGCUUCAACUAGUUGUACAUUCGGUAAAAGCGAGAUGAACUCCACUUCUACUGCUAGUUCGUCGUCUGCGAAUUCAUCUUCUACAACUAGUAGUUGCAGCAGCGGUUGCUUUUCAUUCCUAGCCUCUUCCUUCUGUACAUCAAACAAAGACCUUGUAAUUCGCGAAGGGGGUGUCAACAACAAGGGUGCAGCAUCUUCAAGCUGCUCGUCUGGAACAGGUGGCAAAAAAUCUACGAUCAUGGACAGAGCGACGAGCCGUCGUUUUUUGAACGCACGUAACACUUUUGGAGCCAUAAAUCCAAUCUCUGGACCACUGUUUUGCUGCCGAUGCGAGACUGAGGCCCCUCCGGUUACCUCUUGGCAAGUUCGUGAGGACUCUGCGUACGUCUAUCUCUGCCUCAACGAUACUAUUCACGGUCUGGAGUACCUGACGGAACCGGAUUUGGCUGCUAUUAAUCGCGCGAACGUGCCGCUAGUCGUCGACGCAACGUCCACUCUGAUGUCCAGACCGAUCGAUGUGUCCAAAUACGGUGUAAUCUUCGCAGCAUCCGGCAAAAAUCUGGGACCACCAGGCAUUUGCGUGGUGAUCGUAAGAAAUGACCUACUGCAAGAGGAGAAGGACCUCCAGGAGCAGAGUGUAUUGUUGAGUCCGAGUGGUCGGGCCCAGACCACGGCUUCCACAAGAACCCCUUCCUCCAGUGCUUCCGGGUCUUCAUCGGCCUCUGGAUUCCCAACAGAAACUACUUUAGUACAGCAACAAGGAGUAGUUUUGCCGACUUUAUCUGGUUCAACCUCACAACAUCUGUUCACUACAACAUCUCUCUUCAGUACAUCCUCUGAUGGGGAAACUACGAGAACAACAAAGAAGUGCGCUGAUGGGGGUGAAGACCAUGAGCUAGAUGAACUGAAACGAAUAGAAUUAGCAGCGUUCCCAACGCUGGACUGGCGCUCUUAUGCGUAUUCCUCACCGAUUCAGAACCUGUACAACACGCCACCAACUUUGGUUCUCCAUCUGGUUCACCUAUGCCUCGAAGCCCUGGAAGAAAAAGGUGGCGUGGUGGCAAUGGAGGAUAAGGCGAAACGGCUCUCAGCGAAAUGUUACGCGUAUUUUGAUGCUGUUCAGCAGGACGCGGCAGGAGGAUCACGACCCGAAACACUGGGAAGUAUCAAAGACAAAGCGGCACUUCUUGCUUCUAGUAGUAGUGCAUUUUACCAGCCACUUGUGACUGCAGAAAACGGAUCUUCUCGGAGCCGGAUGAAUGUCUGCUUCCGUAUUGGAGGCAGCGCCGCGCAAAUCGGUCCUGAGAAGCGUGCGAAAAAUAGGGCUCUGGAAUCUGCGUGCAUCAAGUUUGCAGCAGAAAAUUAUGGCUAAGAUAUUGUCUUCAAGACUUUCCUCUAUAAAGUCAAAGUCAUCUUCUCACUCUUAAAAAGUAAUUUUCGUCGAUGGUUCGAAUGUAGUUCCGAACGCCUGAUAGGCAUCUUUCCCUUGUUUGAGGACCACGCAGGUGUUCCAAGAAGGUUUGGUUUGUUUGAAGGAAUGCAAAGUACUUUGCUGGGCUUGCGAAUAAAUACUUAGAAUGCAGCGAAUAAAUACUUAGGUGUGAGUUUGUGGAAGCAGUGUCUACUCUAAAAAAAGUGGAGCGUCGUCCAACUGUCGGGACAUCCUCUUGCAGGCGGCCUCCGCGUCACCUGUUAUAACGCGAUUCCGGAUGCAUCGAUCGAUGCGGUACUGAAAUGCCUAGAGGCUUUUCGAUGCCAAAAC